AUGACCCUGCUCGAGGGCAACGUCACCACUCUCAAAGGCAUAGUCGACCUAAUGGUCGCUAACAUGGGCAAGAUGAUGGCCUUACUUAGUGGGCCAAAUCGUGCGUCUUUAAGCCCCACCCCGCCUCUCGCACGCGGGUCAAUGGUCGACCCUGGAUCACGCCCACCCAUCCACCAGAGGGCGACAGCGGCCGCCCCCGCGCCGAUAAUUGUCCCGGCGCCCGCUCCUCAUCUGACGCACGUGCCGGCAAUCCACUUGGUCGAUUUCUUCCAACCUCAGUCCACCAUUCUAGCAGCAGUCUCACUUCCUCCCAUGACGAUUCUCGUGCCGAAUUCGGUUAUAUUUGCACCACCUCCCGUGCCCAUGCUGGCUCCAGCUACGGUCUACACUGUUCCUUCGCCGAUGGGCUUCCCAGCGUCGAGCGCCCAUGCUCCUGCUCACGCAACUGAGCCUUCCCCUUACGAAGCUCCACAACCUCACAUCGGCCUCUUUUACCAAGCUCCACAUCCCAUAAAUAUUACUUUCUUUGAAUCGGGCACACUGACUUACGCGGCCCUCAUAGCUCCACCCACAAAUUUCCUCCCCGAAACGGAGACCGAGCGGGAGAGGAGAAUGAAGAAGAUGGAAGAGACUAGCAGGGCCCUCCAAGUUAGUGAUCCCCGACAUAGUACUAGUUAUCUAGAUUUGACUCUCUUCUUGGGGAUGCAGCUACCCCCGAAGGUCAAAGUGCCCAACUUCUAG